AUGGCGGCAGUUCGGACGGCAGGGGAACAGUUUGCUCUAGCAUCCUGGGUUGCUGGCGUCCGGGCAUUGUCGAGCACGAGCAUCGCUUGCGGAGAGGGAGCUACUGGUGGCAAUGGGGCCCAGCGCAAUCCGCUACAGCGCUGCAGCGCCUCAACCGCAGCACGGAUGCGAUUUGCAGGCACGUUGGACGCCACGAGUGAUACAUGCAACUCAGAUAAGGUCCGUUUGGGAGUAGCUGAUGCCAGGCACCUUGAGCUUGCGUUCGGAGUGCACGUUAUGGAGACGAAAACUCUGGUCCGUUCAGCAGCUGCUGCAGGCUCAAGGUGCCCGCUGCAGCCCCUACUGCUGCAGACGCACUCUACGCGGUUCGAGCAUAGAUCUAUGGCCCUAAAUCCGCGCUGGAUGAUGCCGUUCACUGCGCCACGGAGUCGUAGUCGAAGCCUAGGAUGCGCGCCUAGCCGUCGCUGUAGACUCGUUUGUGCAGGCGUGGAUGACCCGAUCGGGAAGAGAGCGCGUCAAGAGGACGCAUUUAGUGCAUCUAUCCCGGGUUCACGACUUGAUGGCGAAAGGCAGCAAUCAAGUUCGAAUGUGUCGUCAGACGGCUCAGCGCUAGCAUAUACUGGCGCUUCGUCGGCAGUGGUGCUCGAAGGCGCGAAUCCGCAGUUAGAUGCGAAAUAUCGGCACUGGCGGGUGCGCGUCUUCUACUCCAUCUUUCUCGGUUACGCUUUCUUCUACUUUACGCGUAACUCCUUCACGUACACGGCACCGGCGCUACGAGCAGCACUGGGGCUUUCACUCGAACAGCUUGGCGUCAUCAUGUCCGUGUUCCCGUUAGCAUACGGCUUCUCUAAGCUGUUUCUGGGUAUCGCAGCGGAUCGAUUUUCCAGCCGUGUCUUCAUGGCGCUUGGGAUCUCGCUCACCGGUCUGGUGAAUAUUUUCUUUGGAUUGCAGUCGAAUGUAUACGCGAUGACAGCGCUCUGGUUCUUAAAUGGGAUUUUUCAAGGCAGUGGCGCAGCGCCAUGUGCGAAGCUGCUCACUCGCUGGUACAGCAAAAAUGAGCGAGGAACCUGGUGGGGCCUCUGGAAUACCUCCCACAAUACUGGCGGAUUCUUCAUUCCAUUGAUUGUGGGGUACAGCGUCAAGAGGUUUGGGUGGCGGUAUGGCAUGAUUGUGCCAGGUGUCUUGGGAAUCCUCAUGGGCAUUUUCCUACUGAACAGGCUGCGUGAUUGCCCUGAGGAGGUCGGCCUGCCGCCCAUUGAAAUCUACCGCGAUGAUCACGCCGAAGAUGUUCAGCGAAGGAGCACCGCUGCAACCCGUUCAACGAGUCCCAACGGUGCAGCACCGGGCUCGUCGUCGUCGCCUGCGAAUGCGGAAACCCCAAAGACCGCGGGCAAAUCAGCAUCCGCACGGGAGCAGGCCGCAACGAACAAGUUCUUAGAAGUCAUCGGUAAUCCGUAUGUGCUGCUGCUAGCGAUCAGUUACUUUUUCAUCUACUUUUGUCGCCAGGGCAUCAGUUCAUGGACCGUUAUUUACCUGACGAGCAUGGGCGUGCCGCCACAAGAAGCGGCUUUACGUGUCGGUAGCAUGGAGAUUGGCGGACUCUGUGGCUCCCUGGUCAGUGGUGCAGUCAGUGAUCGGCUUGCUCGCGGCCGCCGCAUUCCCGUCAUUCUCUUCUGGAUGCUGGGUGUGGUGGCGGCGCUCGUGGCCAUGUGGCUCUCGCCCGCCUCUCGGCGCUACUUGUCCAUGCUCUGCAUCUUCACGUUCGGCUUUUUCAUUUACGGCCCACAGAUGCUCGUCGGCCUGGCCGCAAGCGAAAUGGUCAGCCCGGACUCGGUGUCGUCGACCAUCGGGUUUCUCGGUUGGAUCGCUUACAUAGGCGCAGCAACCAGUGGAUACCCGCUGACGCGCAUUGUAUCUGCGUUGGGCUGGGAUGCGUAUUUCGCAGCGCUUAUCUGUUGUGCCUGUAUUGCUAUUCUCCUGCUUUUGCCGAUGUGGCGAAUUGGUGAACGUCAGGCCAAAGCGAUCGCUCGCAAAUGGCGAGCGCUUGUCGCGGGUGCAGCGGCGAACUUUCAAGCACUGCAUGUGCAAGACGAUGGCCAGUACGUCGACUGUGAAGCGUGUGCGGGAGCAGGCACACGCCUCCGCAUGGAAUGUGGCCCUGCAACACCCGCUCAAACAGUUUCCUGUAAGCUCGUGGAAACGCCGUGUGAAAAGUGCUUCGGUACCGGAAGCAUUCGGCUUCCUGCGGAAGAUGCAACCCGUUGA